AAGAAAUCAUUCACGGAAAAAUACAAUAAUAAAAACAACAAUAAAUGAGAAACGAAAACAAUUAAAAUCAAGAAUCCGCAAUUCGCCGCACGACUAGAUUCACUCUCUCUUCUUCAACCAUCGAACAUACAUUUGAAUAAUAUUGUACUUCGCUGCCUCGUCCUCAAGAUCAAAAUUAUGUAGUUGCGUAAGUAACUGUUUGUUCCGCCACAGUAUUUCAAAUUCUAAAGUUUUUAGCGCCACUUAUAUGUGUCGCUUCCUACUCUUCCGCUUCCUGUCAUUACGUUUUUUCUGUGUGUUCCUUGCCACAUCGUGGACAGAGUAAAAAUAGUUAAAAAUGGGUAAAAAAGUGCAUUCUACUGAAAAACUUCUUAAAAAAAUUAAAAAACUGAAAAAAGAAGCAAAGAAGAGAAAAAGGAGAAACAAGAAAAGAGAUUAUUCGUCAGAAUCGAGCAGUUCUAGCACGGCAACGUCAAGAAGCAGCAGAGAAAGGACGCUACAACGAUCCCGAUCGCGUAGUCCUAUCCGAGACCCUCGGUCUAGAGGUAGGUCACGCACAAUACGAGGAAAAAGAAGGAGCUCGAGCAACGAGAGAUUCCGAAGAAACUCACCCGACAACUCGAACUCCUCAGCCAAAACUCUCAGAGGUACGUCCCGCAGACAUGAUAGUUCAGUAGAAGAACACAGCCAUAGCGGAAGGCGUAGCCCAAGAGAUUUAACAAGCAGGGAACCUUCCCCGCGAACCGAUGAGGAAAUUAACGACAGUGAAAGAAAGAAAGCGACAUCACCUCCUAAUUCUCAGGUCGUAAAAAAGAAAAAUAUGCAUCAAAAGGAUGGCGAAAUUAAUCCUUUGGAAAAUAGCGAGGCGGACCCACAGUCAAUAAAGAAGAAUGCCAGUACUGAAGCUUCUGAUCUAGCCUGUCUAGGUGGCGAUCCCUUCGCAGCUGUCAAAACAAGUGCACCAAUAAACAAAACAUUGGCAGAAGUAUGGCAAAAAAUUAUGCAGAUAGGACUGAUGAAAGAAGCUCGCAAAGACUUAGCUGAAAAGCACCCUCCAGCCGAAAACUGCUCUAUGAUGGAAGCCCCUAUCUUGAAUCCGGAAUUAAAAAAUAUCAUCGGAUCGACAGGAGUAAAGAAAGAUCAAUUCCAAGUAGCUUCGCAAAACCAGUUGGGUGCAGCAAUAAGUGCUUUGGGAUCAGCGAUAACCGAACUAUUGUCUAUUCAACAGCAGAAAAAUCAGUCGAUCUCAAAUGAUCAGCUGACUACGACUAUAUCUCUUCUAAGCGACUCCGGAAAACUUUUAACGGACCUCCAUCAUGAGAUAUCCCUCACCAGGAGAAAUUUUAUUACUUCGGGAAGAGAUCCUAAAUUAAAAAUAGUUGCAGAAAACGCUCCAGUUGACAGGUUCUUGUUUGGUAUAAAUUUUGCGGAACAAUUCAAAGCCGCAAGGGAAGUUGAGAAAGUAAGUAAGGAACUUUCUCAAACGACAACGAAGCAAAUUAGGAAGAAGCCAUUCCAUCACCAAUCUCGCUCACGACAAUCUACAUCAAGACCCAACGAUUUAAACUGGAAGGGCCCUCCGAAGAGGAGUUACACGAACCCCAGGAGGGGAGGGCUACAACCAUAUCGGACAAUGCGCAACCAACAACAGAGGAAUUAAAG